AUGACUGCAGAAAAGAGUUGUGUGCGCUGCUUCACCUGCAGCAAGACUGUGGGCAACAUGUGGGAGGCCUACCUGGGGCUGCUGCAGGCCAAGUACACUGAUGGGGAUGCCCUGGGUCUGAAGUGCUACAGCCGCUACCUGCUGCUGGCCCACGUGGACCUGAUCCGGAAGCUGUUCAAUUAUGCCCUCCUGGGGAAGUGA